AUGGCAGUGCGAGUCUGCCGUGGUCAAGUGGAAUAUAGGUGCGGUUACGUCAAGAGGCAGAAUGUCGCACGAUCGAGAGCGGUCGACCGCAGAGAGGGGGGAGGGGAUCACAGGCAAGGGCACGGCCAGGAUCGAAAGAGUGUGAGAUCCAAACAGGGUAGCUGGACAGGACGAAAGGGAGGGAGGGAGGGAGAGGGGGAGCCACCCAAGGGAAAGAAACCUUUUUCUGUUUGGGUCGCCUGGGACUUGAAGGGCAGAAAAGAGCUGGCAAAGCAGAUUGGGUGCACAGCUCAGCGCAUGCCAAUUGGACUCCCUGGAAUGGCAAUGGGUUCGGCUGAAGCGAAAGAAUGGUUCCCAGGAUUCGAAGCUAGUGCCACCCACGAGGGAACAAGCCACUCCACUUGGGGCCGCGCAGGACGAGUGAGAGGCGAUGCCACUGGCAGGUCAACUCUGGAUCUCAGAUGGGAUCGUUGGGUCGCCCGGGUCACACUCCUGUGGGUGGAGGAGUCGAUGACGAUUGAAGGAAGGGCCAGCGUAAGGGGAAUUCCGAUCAGGAGCACAAAUGCUAGAUUUGCAUUUGACUUUUGGGCUGAUCAACAGCAAAGCGACGAUCGCACUCCGUUUCAGCCACUGCUCGUCAUCAUGAUAUGA